GGACCUGCUCCACGGUGCGGGUUAUCUCAUACCGGUGCGGUAUGAGAUAACCCGACGGCGUGUAGCCGUGAACUACGCUCGUAGAAACUGUAAGUAACUGCAAUAAAACGGCACAGAUAUUUUUUUAUAUGCUCUGUAGCUCGCUAGCUCAGCAGCAGCUUACAGCAUGUUGGCUAACUCUUACAAACAAGCUUAACAAAAAGCUGUCUGUAUGUCCUUUCUGUUUAGCUUAGUUUGCCUGUAUAGCGCUGUUGACUAUCAGCCCCCUCCCUUUAGCAGUAGCACAGACAGGCUCACAGGAGCACAGGAGGACAGAUAAGAGGAGAGGAGGAAUAAUCAUGUUCUUCAUUCUUAACUUCAGUCCUCCCUUUUAAACCAACUAUUUUGUCUUGUUUAAUCAUGUGCAUGCUGUUUUAUGCUUUUUAGAAUGUGUUUUAUUUAUUUAUGUAUAAAUGCCAUUCUUUCCUUUGAAGGUGGAGACAUGCUGGUUCCUGUCGAAUAUAAGGGGGUGAGCAAAUGGGUCAGGCUACCAAAGGUGGAGGAGGUCUUCAGUUUCUCUGAAUUUUUACAAGGAGGUAACUAAAGUGUCAAGCUUUAUCCAUGUCUUCUGGUUUUACAAUGUUGUAUGUGUAACUUACUUGGAAGUUAUGCUAUAAUCCAAAUUGUCUUUUGUUUUAGUGCUGGCAAAAUUCAAUUUGUCAGGUUUUACUGCUUUGAUGCUCAAGGAUUCUGCAGGAGUUGAAGUGGAUUCUGACAUCUUUGAUGAGCUUUUGAAGUCAUCUCAGGUGUCCUUCAAGGCCUUCACUGAAGAUUGCAAUGACAGUGUUGGAGAGUCUUCAGAGGGCUCAUCUUUAUCUGAUUGGUCACCAUCACGUGCAGCCCAUGGGGCAUCUUCAAGCUCAGACUCAACAAUUAUAGCUCGAAGAAAACGGCUGAUUGAAGGACCCCUUGACAGCAGCAGUGCUCGCGAUGUAAGUGACCUUUUAAACUAAGGUCUGAAGCUGCAGAUAAUAAAUUAUUAUUUGUUUAAAAAAGAAACAAAACAUCUCUGCAAAAGGGGCAACACGCCAGAGAAGAAAUGUAUUGGUCUAACCCCAUGCCAGGGGACUACAGAUGAAAAAUAGCCUUUUGGCUAAUUCUGGCAUUUUUAACCCAUGUAUGAUGAUGUGUUUUAUUAAUUUGCAAUGCCCCCUUCUUAAAUAAACUGAAUUGAAUUGAAUUCAAAUAUGUUCUUGUCGUCUACCUGAAAUGUUUGAAUGCUAGGCAAUUGUUGUUUCAGAUUGUCAAUGCAGCCCUGCAUUCAAAGCCGGACGGUGACCAAAUAAUCACAGAAUACGAGAAAACAAAGAGUCUGUCGGAUGGUACAAGAAGAAGGAUGAUCAACAUACUUGUGGCUGACAUGGUAGAGAGCCAUGGGAGGAUCCCUCCAGUAAAUAUCCGCAGUACGUACGCACUUGGCAUUACAACCUUGUUCCCAAAUUUGAAGGACCCGGAUUCAAAGAAUGGUUAUGAGCAUUUCUAUGAUCACCAGAGUGGUUCUGGUUACCUGGCAUGGAGGCUGAAAACUGUGCAGCGCAACUCUGCCCAAGAGAUCAAGAAAUCAAGGUCCAGCUUUCAGGAUGGCCCUAAUACUCAGCGCAGCAUGCAUUCACCUGUGAGACAGUUGUCAGGUGAUGAAUGGAAUGAAGCUAUAUCAGUGAUGAGGCACUCAAGUGACACAACCCUCGUCCAAGAAAAAAUGAAGGCAACAUUUCGGAAAAGACAAAAGGUUGUUCAAGACCCAGCCACAGCUUCCACUGUCCUAGACAUUUUUCCGAGAUUCCUCGACACACCAGGCUUGAUCGACCAAGACUUCAAUAUGCUCUUUGGUGACUGGUAAAUUCCUCGCUAAAUGGCCAACAUUCUUCAAACCGAAGGUCAUUGCGGAGUGCAAAAAUCUUCCUCGAAGUGUGCACGUGGAUGACCUCCUUUUGUCUGCCCAACAGGAAUCUGAUGAUGAUGAUGGUGUAUGGGACUGUGAGGUUGCCGCCAUCUGCCUGUUGCUUCACCUGUUGCCUCCAACAUCCAAGGGCAAGAAGUCUGCAAAGAUCAGCGCAACGGAUGCUACUGUCCGCCUGGUGAAGUUCCUUAAGGUGGGGAGAAGCAUGGAGACCUUCCUGAAGGAAACUGGCCCUGCUCAGCCCUUUCUCCUGUGUGUUGGAGAACGAAAAAACAGCAUCCAGAAUUUCUACAUCAUCCUGGACCAAAAGGCCAUUCCCUCCAAGACGCAGACUGGAGUUGCUGCCUUUGACGAGCUCUUCAAGGCACAUUUUGCUUUUGCUGUGUCCUAUGAUGAGGCGCUGUCCAACUUCUACACCUUCAUCCAGACAACCGUGUAUGGCAUUGACGUUGGCAGUGUGAAGGAGACCCCUCGGGUGAAGGAAAUUAGAGUAAGACUUCUUAACAGUUCAUUUUGAAGAGGAACUCAUUUCUGACUUGAAAUGUUUACAUGUGACAUUUGCAAGGUACAGCACAGAAAUUGUUCAUUGUUAUGUCGACAUUUGAAGUUCCAGCAUGGAUUGUACCCAGGAAGGUCUUUGCGUAUGCGUUGUGGAGAGGCUGGUUGUUCAUUUGUUUUUCGCACAUACUUCGGUUACCAGCGGCACUUAUCUCGAGCACAUAAGGAUGGUGGUGAUUCAGAUUCCGUCAGUGAUGUUGAGUUUGUUCCUGCAACUAAUGUUGGAGUUUCUGUUUCACAACAAGUUAAUGUAGAUCCUCCUGCGACUGUCACUACACACAUUCCAAUUGAUAAAACGAAAAUACUAGACAUGUGCAGCUCUGUUAUUGCUCAACUGCAAUCCUCAGGAGUUCCUGAAAGUACGGUGCAGGGUUUAGUUGGUUCAAUGGAGGAACUGGUCGAUGACAUCCAUGCCCAUGCAAAAGAAACCGUUGUUGAAUGUUUGUCAUCUGAAGCAUCCGGAGACACAUUGAAAAAAGUUCAGGAUUGUUUUGGUCAGCUUGACAAUCCAUUUUCAUCUCUUAACACAGAAUCUAAACGAAAGAAGCACUUAGAAGAAAAAUGGAAAAUAGUGGAACCAGUGGAGUAUAUUCUUGGUUUGCGUUUUGAUACACGCAGAGAUAGAACAACAGGAACAUAUAGGCAAGUUCCUGUAAACGACAAGUUCAUGUAUGUACCCAUCAUGGGGUCUCUUUCAUCUAUGUUUAGGAACAGGGAACUUUCUAACAGUUUCCAAAAAACUAAACCACACCAGGAGGGUUUUUACAGAGAUGUAAAUGAUGGCUCAUACUUCAGGAACCACAUUUUAUUCUCACAACAAGAAAAUGCUUUGCAGAUACAGCUCUACUACGAUGAUUUUGAAACUGCUAAUCCAUUAGGCUCAAAAAAGGGAAUUCACAAACUUGGCUGCAUUUAUUUUAUUUUGAGAAAUCUUUCCCCGAAGCUUAAUUCUGUGUUGAUGAACAUACAUCUUGUUGCCCUCUUUCACUCAGAGGAUUUAAAGAAAUAUGGGUUUGAUCCCAUUCUAAAGCCACUUCUCAAUGAUUUAAAGAUUUUAGAGGCUGAUGGAAUGCAGGUGCCCUUUCAACCCACACCUUUGAAAGGUUCAGUUUUUCAGGUUACAGGUGACAACUUGGCUAUACAUGGCCUUUUUGGUUUUGUCGAAUCGUUUAGUGCAAAGUACUGUUGUCGCUUUUGUUAAACUGAAAAGGGAGAGAUGCAAUCAGUUUUCAGUGAAGAUCAUCCAGGUUUAACUCUACGUUCUAAAGCCCUUCAUUCAGAACACUGUGCUGCCGUUGAACAAAAUCCAGCUUUGGCCUCAACAUUUGGUGUGAAAAAAGCAUGUCCUCUCAAUUCCCUCCAGCUGUUCCAUACGUCAGACAACUACGCAGUAGAUAUAAUGCACGAUCUACUGGAAGGAGUGGUGCAGUACGAGUUAAAGCUGGUGUUUCGGUACUUGAUGAAGAACUCAAUAAGCUCAUUAAGCUCAUUGUCAGAAAGAAUCAUGAGCUUUAACUAUGGAUUUACACAGAGAAAAAACAGGCCAAGUGGGGUAAAACUGGACGAUGAUAGCAACAAUCUUGGCCUUAGUGCUGUUCAGUCAUGGUGCCUCUUGCGCAAUACCCCAUUGAUGUUUGGAGAUUUAGUUGAGAGGAAUGAUAGCUGCUGGAACUUGCUGCUCCUCUUAAUACAAAUCGUCAACAUUGUCUUUUCACCUAUUGUAACCCAUGGUAUCACUUGCUAUUUGAAACAUCUGAUUUUCGAUCAUCACAAGCUUUUUAAAUCUGUCUUUCCAGAGCGAAAUCUGCUUCCAAAGCACCACCACAUGAUACAUUACCCAAGGUGUAUUAGAAAGAUUGGGCCACUAUUACACAUGUGGUGCAUGAGGUUUGAAGGCAAGCACAACUUUUUCAAAAGGUCUGUGAAGAACUUUAAAAACAUCACAAAAACACUGCAAAGAGACAUCAGAAUCAGUUGGCUUUUCAUUUAGAAGGUUUUUAUUUUAAAAGAUUCCAAUUUGGCCCCAUUACAGAAGUCUUGGUCAGCAGUUUGGAGGGCAGUGAGGCGCUGAAUGAAACUUUCAAUUUGUCUUGUGUUUCCACAACUACCUGGGUCAAAAGCUAUGGCACAGAGUAUCAGCCUGGGAUGUAUGUAUGUUCUGGUAUUGAAAAUGAGAUGCCGUUGUUCAACAGGAUUGUCAGUGUUAUUGUAAGAGAUGACAGCGCUUAUCUUCUAACUUGUACUGUCUCAACAAUGUAUUUUGAUGAUCACUUAAAUGCAUUUAGCAUUGAGGAGAAAAACAAUGUCUUUACACUGAUGAGUGUAGAUGAUCUGCUGUACUACAGGCCGUAUGACAGGCAAUUAUCAAAUUACACUGACGACCAAAUGUUUAUUGUGCCAUACUCUGUUUUCGUGUGACUCCAUGCUGUACUUGUUUUUAAGAAUGUUUUGCAUUUGUGCUGUACCUGCCUUUAAUACACUAUUUUGUGAAAUGAUUUUUUCUUCUUGUAUUGUCUUUUGUA